UUCAUUUUUUGAGAAGAAAUAAUGAUUUUUAUUACAAUCUAUAUACAAUGCAUUUUAAUUUUAAAGGUUGUCAAAAUAAUAUUUAAAAUUUAGAUUUUCCCCUAAAAUCCAUAAGUGUGAGACUUGAAAGUUAGUGUCAUCAUGAAGAGUAAAUAGUCUUACUCAUUUUAUUAUGCCAGUAUGCGGAAUAAUCAAAUUAAACAUUUCAAAUUUCAUAUUUUAACUAUUUUAGCUGAUUCUCAAAUAUUUUAUAAGGAUUAAUCUGGUCAGAUUUUAGUUUUCUAAAUUUAAUAUGCAAUUUUGUAAGACUGGGAACAAGAAUUUGUUCAUGUAUUCAUAUAUAUGCAAUUCUUGAAAAAUUAGUACAUAACUUAUACCACAAUUAAAUAAUAUAGAAAAUUUAUAUUUGUAUCUGAAUCUUUGAACUCUGUAAAACUUGUUAUUUGUGAAUGAAUGAAUGUUAGUGUUUCAGCAAGUUAGGUCAUUUUAGGGUAUAUCCCUGUUUACCCUGCAAUAAGUUAUAUAUAAUUUAGCAGCAAUAAUCUCUAAGUAACAUACAGAAUUACUUAACAUUAUUAGUUCAAGGUAUAAACACCACAAAAGAUGUUGUGGAUUAUUGCAUUCAUAUUUCUAUUUCAGCAAAUUUCAUACAGAUAAAUGGCAAAUGGGGUUUAAUUUUGUUCCUUAGUCAUCAUCAGCUUUUGACCUAACUGAUUAUUGCUAAAAGGUAUAAAUAUGUACCUUCAAGCAUCUAUCAAGAUUGCACUUUUCAGAAAGGUUGGAGCAAUAAAUGGCAUUAUUUAAGUGGAACACCAGAAAUAAGAGAUCUAACUGACUUAAGACCAAUUAUCUUGGAUGUACUUGUGCAAUAAAUAAAAUUAUAGAUUUACAAUUUUAUCACUGCAACUGUUUUAUGAUGUAAAUCAGGGGUAGUUAACCUUUUUAUACCUACCGCCCACUUUUGUAUCUCUGUUAGUAGUAAAAUUUUCUAACCACCCACCAGUUCCACAGUAAUGGGAUUUAUAAAGUAGGUUUGCGGGGAGGGGCACCGGCUACCAGCUCUGCUUGUCUGUUACAGCUGGGUGGUAUAGGGGGAGAUGUGCAAUCUAUUCUGGGAUCAGACUUUUUUGUUUGUGGUCGCACUAUAGCGCCAUUUAGUUUUACUUAUGUAACGCGAACUAAACUUAUGCGUGGGCUAUACAAAAAGUAUAUUUUCAGAAAUUUAAAGUGUCACAGGGAAUUUUAUGAAAACCUAAUGAAAAUGUUUUUAAAUAAUGCUAUGAAAUUUUUUUAAAAAGUCAAUUAAAUUAAAAAAAGGGAAGUGCUUCAGUAUCGGACAAAACCCCUAGCGCCCACCAUGAAAGCUGGAACGCCCACUAGUGGGCGGUAGGGACCAAGUUGACUACCACUGAUGUAAAUCAACUAAAGCAAAUAAUGUCAAUUUCUAUGUAAUGUUAAAUGGAGCAAGCAUUGAAUUUAUAAUUACCAGUACUGUAAUAUCCUAAUAUAAAUGCAAUUCUACUUGUAUGUGUGUAUGUGUUGUGUGUAUGGUUAGAAAUAAUAUGAUUCCUUCAAUAAAUCUGUGUGUGUGCUUUCUUCCUAAUCUAUUGUAUUACUGCUUUACAGGAAACAAUUCUACUGAAACAGAAGAGUGAACUUUUCAGGCAACAUUUGUAUUUUUAUUGUGACAGGGAGGACCAGACCUUUAACCAUGGGGAAAACAGAAUAUUUUAACUGGGACAACUACUUGAAAGAAACUGGGUCUGUAGCUGCCCCUUCACAGUGUUUCAGACAGUCUAAGUUUCCCCCUAGCAAUGAUUUCAAAGUGGGUAUGAAGUUGGAAGCUCAUGACCCCCGGAAUGUUACCUCUGUGUGUAUAGCUACAGUUAUUGGAAUCUCAGGUACUAGAUUAAGGCUGCGUCUUGAUGGAAGUGACAAUAAAAAUGAUUUCUGGAGGCUAGUGGAUUCCUCUGAUAUACAGCAAAUUGGAACAUGUGAAAAGAAAGGAGGAAUGCUUCAGCCUCCUUUGGGAUUCCAGAUGAAUGCAUCCUCUUGGCCAAUGUUCCUCCUAAGAACCCUAAAUGGAGCUGAAAUGGCACCUGCUAUAUUCUUUAAGAAGGAACCUCCAAAGCCUUCUCAAAACCUUUUAAAGGUUGGAAUGAAGCUAGAAGCAAUAGACAGAAAAAAUCCUUAUUUAAUAUGUCCUGCAACCAUUGGGGAUGUGAGAGGAGAUGAAGUUUUUAUAACCUUUGAUGGUUGGCGUGGAGCAUUUGACUAUUGGUGUAAAUAUGAUUCUCGAGAUAUUUUUCCAGUUGGAUGGUGUGAUUUAACAGGGGAUGCACUACAGCCACCAGGAAAAAGUGGUUCUAGCACAAAGAAUAAUAUCAAAACACAGACCUCUCCUUCCAAAGGAACUCGGAGCUCAAUGCAAUCUCCACCGAAAUCAGCUUCACCUGUUCCAACUGCCAGAGGCAGGAAACUCACUCGGGCAAAACCACUGGCUCCAUCCACCAUCCUUAGGAAAGUCCAGUCUCCUAAAAAUAUUCCAGUAGUCAAAAACAUGUCUCUCAAAGAAAUCCUCAAAAAAAGGAAAAAGGACUUAAAACCAGGAAGAAAAAAAAAAAACAUAGCAAUGCAACACCUCACCUUUUCUCCUAUUUCUGCAAAAGUUGACAAUAGCAGCCUCCCAAUAUACAGAGAGGCACCUGCUAUCACUGGUAUAUCAGCUGUUAUUUCCACAGUUUGUGUCUAUGUUAACAAGCAUGGAAAUUCCGGGCCUCAUCUUGAUAAAAAGAAAAUUCAGCAGCUUCCUGAUCACUUUGGACCAGGUCCUGUGAAUGUAGUACUUCAGCAGGCUGUCCAAGCUUGUGUAGAUUGUGCCUAUCAAUCAAAAAUUGUCUUUGGAUUCCUCAGGGCUGGGCAUCAUGCUGGAGAGAUUAUUACUGCCACUUUUGAUGAGGAGAGACAUGCCAUCAAUCUUCCUUCAGUGAAUAGUGCAUCUUUUGUUCUGCGCUUCUUGGAGAAACUCUGCCACAGCCUACAGUGUGAUAAUCUUUUCAGUAGCCAGCCUUUUAGUCCUUACAUGGGAAAUGCACAUAGUCCCAUUGAACAUGAUAGAAACAAGUCAGCAAAAGAACAAAUAUCAGACAGUAGAAGUGCAAAGCGGUAUUCUCAGGAUUCAACCCCCUAUCCUGUCCCCAUGUCUUCUAAGCUUCUAAGAAUUGAAGCUCACCCAUCUGAAGCAGAAACCAUGCCAAAUGAAGAAACGUCCAAAGAACACAGCUUUGUCAAGAAUUCAAUGGAUUCUGCACUUAAUUCAGUCACCCUGUCAAGUUCUAACAAUCAGAAUUCCACUGAAUAUUGUACUUCAGGGAACACAGCCUAUUUUAAGCAUUCUCUUCCUUCAGUAUCUGCUACCUCAAGCACAGUACCAAAUCUACAGAAAUUAUCAAGUGCUACUGGGAAUAAAAGUUAUUGUGAAUUUGCCAGAAAGAGACUGCAACAGAGGAUUGAAGCUGCAAGUUCUAAAACAGGACCUGAACUCAGUGCACUAAAACAGGAAUCUUCGCAUCUCUUCAGCAAAGACCCUUCAACAUGGUCAAUUGAUGAAGUAAUGCGAUUUGUAGAAGAAGCAGAUCCUCAGGCAUUAGCACCCUAUGCCGAACUCUUCAGGAGACAUGAAAUUGAUGGGAAGGCUCUUCUAUUACUGAGGAGUGAUAUGAUAAUGAAGUAUAUGGGUCUAAAACUGGGCCCAGCAUUAAAACUAUGUUAUCAUAUAGAAAGACUUAAGGAAGGAAAGUUCUAGGAAAGUGAAUGCACAGUGAUAGUAUUGCAUUUUAAGUCAACAACCAGUCAGGUUCAAAAGAGAACAAUAGGGCUGAAACUGCCUGAUCGAAUGGAUCAAAAAAUCUCACUCAGCUCACAAAGAAAUUUUCAGCAUAUUGUUUCUACUAAUCUAAUCAGAAAGAAAUAUCGUAAAUCAGCAUUGUUUUAUAGAUACUUCUUAAAUAUGGGAUUUAAUGUUAAAAGUUUCACAUUAUAUUUAAUAACUUUUUAAAAUAUGCAGGGAGGAAGUAGUGCUAAGAGUAUUUAUAUGAGAAGCUGCAAAAUACAUUCUCACCUCUUCAGCUUCAGCUGAUGCAUUUUCAUUCAGAACCAAAACAGCUAAAUUCCAAAGGAUCUUUAUGUUUUUAAAAAAAUCAAAAGUAGAGGGUUUUUUUUUUUGGUUUUUUUGCAAAAAUGGCUGAAUUUCUAUGCUGGGAUGAGGAAAUAUUAUUUUUAAUUAAGUAAUUCUUUAAUUAAUACAAUCACAUACAUGUGAAGCAAAUUUCCAUUAAAAAAAUAGCCAUAUACUUGUAAGUUUACGUUGUGUGCAAAAAACAGAUAAGCUCUUUUUUUUACAAACUUAAAUUAUUAAAAUACAUUUUUGCAGCAUGUUGACAAUUUAAGGAGAAAAUUACUUUUUUAAGAAGGAAUUUCUUAUGGCUGAUUUGAACAGCCAACUCCGAAGUGAGCAAAUAACUUUCAGUUUUCUUACAAUGAUAUAAGAAACACUGUAUUGAAACAUUCCAUCUAGCAUAAACAUAUGUUCAUGCACUUGUAUAUUUAUGUGUGUGGGUUCGUGUGUGUGUGUGUAUAAAUAUAUAUUUUGUACAUAGUAUUCAAGGUUUUUUAAAGAGUGAGUUUUAAAGGUAUUUUUGCACUGUGGCAGAUGAUGAACUGCAGGUUUUUUGUUCAUUUUAAAGCAUAAACAAAAUAUGCAUUAUACAUUUUAUCCUUAGUUUAUAGAUGUUGAUAUAUCAUCAAGCUGUAUCCUAAGACCAAUCGCAUUUGUUCCAGUAGAACAUAGGGUUGAGAUUCCCUGGUGGGGACGUAGUGAAUUAUGGAAGAUAAUUGCCUAAUCAGGUUUCCUUUUGCAUUCUAAAAUAUGAUUUUAUGCCACCAGGAAGGAACACAAUGACACCCACCAUCUUGUGUAGGAUCCUGAAGGAUUUCAGCAUGUAUAGAGUUUCUAAUUAAUUGCAAAACUUUACCUUCAGUCACCUUUCACUGCAUGUGAAUAGUGUUUGCUGGAUGUAUGUGUCCUCAUACUGUUCAUUAAUGCCUGUCUGGUUUGUUUCUCAUUUCAUGGAGGGAGAGGGAGAGAAGUAGAAGGGAAAAGAAGAAAUAAUUGAUGGACAGAUUCAUACAGGGCAACUUGGGGUACUAUGCAAUAUUCCUGAAUUCUCAUGUUGCGCUGAGCCAUUUUAUCCCCGGAAAAUAUCUGGAAAUGAAUGGGAUGAUGGGAGAGAUAUUGAAUGUCUUUUUUUAUUUUGCGUCUCUUAACAUCUUUCAGAUAUAAAAAAAGCCAGUAACUUCUUUUAACAAAGGAAUUGAAUUACACUUGGAUAUAUAAUUCAUCCGAAUCUUGGUGUUCUAUCUGUAAGUUACAAAAAGUGCUGAUAAUAAAAUACCUUGCCGUCACUGCCAAUAUAAUAUCAGGGACAAUUUAUGUACUUUUGUUGAAUAGAGGAUCAGGCGUUCCAUUUGUCAAAGUGUCACUAGAAAAGAUAUAGUCCUGAAAGGAAUGUAGUUUUUAUAUUUCUUACUGCCUUUUUAUAUGGAAAAAAAUUCUAGUUAAAAUACACAUUUGUUGUUUAAAAAUGCCUUGUUUAUUGUGUAUUAGUGUAUUUAUUAAUACACUAAUUACUCAGGUUUAGCUAAAAUGGCAAACUUGCAAACCAUUUUUGAAGCAAUGUAUUCCUUUAAAUGACUGAAACUGAAUUUAAAUGAAAUCACUUUGGUGAUGUCCUAUUUUCUGAUGAACUUCUGGAAUUCAUAUUAUAUCAGCAAACUUUGCUUGUCAUAAGAGGGUACAACAGCUCCAAUAUAUAACUUUCUUUAACCAUUGCAGUUAUUUAUAUAUGCUCAGGUAUUUAAAAAUAAGCUAUAAUGACUGUGAUAUCUUUCAUAUUUUUUGAUGCCUAUUUCUCUCAGACAAAGUUACAUAAACACACCUAUUCAUCUCAUUCUGAAACAUGAUUGCUUAUAUUUGGCAUAUAAUAGUGUUUGUGAUUUUUAAGGGUGACAUAUAUUAUGCCAAUGAACUUUUCACUGGUACCAUGGGAAUUUUUUUUCUCCAACUUGCAUCUAUAUACUUCAUAAAUUUCUUCUAGAGCAGGGGUGUCAAACUCAUGUUGUCAUGGCGGCGUCACGUGACAUAUCAUGACUUUUUUCCCCUUUGCUAAACUGGGUGUGGGCAUGGCCAUGGCCAGCACGUGAUGCAUCCGGC